AUGGAGCCUGCAGUGUUUACCUCACAGCUCGGGAACAACAGCAAUUACUCUGAGUCUUGUGUGGGGGAGAACCAGCAUGCAUCCAUUACCAUCCUCAUGUGCCUGGUCUUCUUCCUGGGUUUCCUCCUCAACAGCUUCAGCAUUUGGGUCUUCUGCUGCCGGUUGCCUCACCUGACCACUGGAACCAUGCUGCAGUUAAACCUGGCUCUUACCGAUGCCAUCGCCACCCCAGUCACUCCCAUGCUGGCGGUGUACUUUGCCAUGGGCAAUGACUGGCCCUUUGGUGGGUUUCUGUGCAAAGUCAAGAUCACCCUGCUGAGUGCGCAUUUCUACGGCAGCAGUGUAUUCCUCACUCUCAUUAGCGUCCAUCGGUACAUCGCGGUGGUGCACUUUAACAAAGGUUCCUGCAUGAAAAGGAAGGAGUUCAUCAGAAAGCUGUGCGCAGGAGUUUGGUUUCUGCUGCUGAUCAAUGCUCUGAUCUAUGCCAUUGUGCUACCUUCAACUAAAGAGGGUGGGCACAGUCAAUGUCUCAGCAUCCAUCAGAAGAGCCUGGCAGAUUCCUACUUUAUCCUCAACUUUUUCCGGUUUAUCUUUGGGUUCCUAAUCCCUUUCCUCGUGUCAGUUGUUUGCUACGGCCGUCUGGCAAACACUUUAACUCACCUCAACAUCAGCACAGCCAAGGGUCUACAAGUCAAGCUGAAAUCUCAGAAGAUGAUAGCCGUGUGCCUGAUGAUAUUUGGACUGUGCUUCCUGCCUCUUAACAUUAUACGAACUGUGGGAGUGAUAAUAAAAAAGUACUACCCCCAGCACUGCCAUCUUCUUCUGCGGACUGAGACGGCGUAUUAUGCAUCCUGGAUUUUAGCAGGAGUGAACAGCUGCCUGGAUCCAGUGUUGUACUGUUUUGGUUCGCAGAAUUUUCGAGAUGCUUUCCGGUCUUUGAGGCUUAGACAGACAGAUGCUCCAAAUAGAAGCAAUUCAGAAAUGACUGGGAAUCAGUUGGUGGAAAGAUCAUGUGAUCUGAACACAGUAAACGAAUGUGAUCCGACCUUUGAGAUAAACAGCUCUGGUAGUCAGAACAAUCUGGCCACUAUGGACCCAGCAGACACAGACCAUUCCCCAGAUGAGCUCAGACAUACCCUUGCCUCCCAAGGAGUGCUACUUGGACCACACGACCCGGUCCUUGGGGAAGUGGCUGAAACAGGAAAAGCACUGUCUUCGAUCAUACAACAGAUGGAGACUCAACUCACACAGUUCACCCUCACCACCAGCGCCCCUCUCUACACUGGCCGACUCUCCAACACUGGCAUUCCUUGUGAACCCCUGGACACCCCCAUUGAUACCAGCGCCCUGAGUGACAGCCUCCUGGCCAAGGUCACUCACAACACUAAAGCCCUCCAUCUGGUGCUUUCAGGCAUCACAACGAGACCAUUCAGUUACACUUCAUCCCCUUCAACCCAAUUCAUCUCUGGUUCUAGUCGCCUGCUCAAUCUGUUCCGUCCGGAGAGAGAGGCCAUGGAAAAGUAUAUCCAGGAGUCCUUGGCAGCUGGCAUAAUCCGUCCCUUCUCUCUAGUCGGGGCAGGGUUCUUUUUCACAAAAAAGAACCCUGCCAAACUGGAUCUACGUAACACCUACCAUCUCGUCAGAAUAAAGGAGGGUGGCGAGUGGAAAACUGCCUUCAACACUCCCCUGGGCACUUUGAGUACCUGGUGA